UCUCGCCGUGUGUUCGAUGCACAAGCCCCCCAACGUAAGCGUGAGAGAGAAGUGCGGUGUUGCGUGACUGCGAGAUUUGGCUGCGAGUUUCCGAGCGUGUAUGUUUGUUGUGUUGUUUCGAGUUGAAAAAUAAUAAAUAACGAGCGAAAGAGUAAUAUUAAUAUCCCCAAAGUCCCCCGUCCCACCGUUUCGCCACUGAAUACGCUGAAAAAGCCCCGCUAUUUCAUGCCCAACGGGAAAAAAAAUCAAAAAAUCUGCGUAGUAAAUGGAAGCACCCAGACCCUAGCAAAUACCGAAAGCAUAGCGAGAACGUGAGACAAGCCAACAACCAAAAAAGUGUUGUAUAUGAAUACAUAUAUAAAUAACUGAGCGCGUGAGUGAGUGAACGAUUUUCGUGAGGCAUACAGCAUUGUCCAGAAACAGGAAGGACGAGGCAAUAGUUUAUUUAAAGAGAGCAUCGAAUUCAGUUGGGAAUAACAGAUACUGUGGCGGGCAGAAAAAUGUCGUCGUACAUUCAAGUUGCUGAGGACGAGGGUGAGGAGCCCAUAGAGUUACCCACUGAGGACGACAUUACACUACUGUUGACUACUUUGGCUGCCCAAUUUCCCGGUACCUGUGGACUCAAAUAUCGCAAUCCCGAGUCGAGGAGCAUGCGGGGCGUUAGGCUUGUCGAUGGAAGACUUCAUCCGCCUGAGAGUGGCUGGGGAAAGGCUGUCUAUUUCUGCGUUUUUCCAAAAGAAAAUAAACGCAAAUCUGAUGACAAUUUGGAGAAUUCCACGGCCAAGACUAAAAGAAUGGAGACAAAGCUGCGUUGCACUGAUUUAAUCGUACUUGGAUUACCCUGGAAAACUACUGAGCAAAAUUUGAGGGAGUACUUCGAGACUUUUGGGGAAGUUCUGAUGGCCCAGGUGAAAAAGGACGCUAAAUCCGGCCAAAGUAAAGGCUUUGGCUUCAUAAGAUUCGGCAGUUACGAGUCCCAGCUGAGGUGUCUUGCCCAACGACACAUGAUCGAUGGAAGAUGGUGUGACGUCAAGGUUCCCAACAGCAAGGAGGGAAUGAUUCAGCAAGUACCGUGCAAGGUAUUCGUGGGCCGCUGUACAGAAGACCUAACAGCGGACGAUCUUCGCGACUACUUCUCAAAAUUCGGUGAAGUUACGGACGUAUUCAUCCCCAAGCCAUUUCGUGCAUUCUCAUUCGUAACAUUCUUAGAUCCCGAGGUUGCCCAGUCCCUGUGCGGUGAAGAUCACAUAAUAAAGGGCAUAUCUGUUCAUGUAUCCAAUGCAGCACCAAAAUCCGAGGGUAACAAUCGUAAUUUCAACAAUCAGAUGAAUUCAAAUAUGCGUGGAAGGGGUAUGCCAGGCCCAAUUGACAAUAAUAUGCAGGGAAAUUAUCAGGGAAAUCGUUACAUGGGACAUUCGGGCAAUAAUAUGGGCCCCAAUGGCUGGAGUAAUCCUGGAAAUCGUGGAAAUCUUGACAUGCCAAAUUUACAGGCACUUGGUAUAACAGGACAGAAUAAUGGCGGUGGUGGUGGUGGUGGUUUGACCAAUCCACUUGCUAUGGGGGGAAUUAAUCUGUCAGGAUUGCCAGUUAAUCCAGCACUUGUUGCUGCUGCCCUCAAUCAAGCGUCAUGGGGACUCAUUGGGAAUCUUCAGAAUCAGGGAAAUGAUCAGGGGUAUUCUAACCAGCCUGGACCACCUGGACAACCACCCUCGGGGAACAACAGUAUUGGGAACAGUGGAAAUUCGGGAUUUCUCAGCUGGAUGAAUCAAGGGGGUGGUGAUGGCAACACGGGAAAUCCUGGGUCUGGGGGACCUGGGCCCAAUAAUCCCAAUGCUAGCCAGGGCGCCUGGCAGAAUCAUCCAGGACAGCGGGAUCAGAAAACUAAUACAUUUUUGAAGUAUGAGUAAGGUGGGGAGGAGAUGAUCGUGGGAAAUUGUUGAGGGUGAUUAUUUGGAGGCGAUUUGGAAGGUUUUUUUUUUGGUGUUUAUGUCAAAUUAUCAGCACUUUUAAUGCAGAAGAGGUGUAGAACGUGAUGAGAACGUGGGGGAUAUGAAAUUAGGGUUGUCUUGGUUGGCAGGGGUCUAGGGGGAAGGUAAUGGAGGGACAUUCUACAUUUAGAUGAUGUCUUAAAUUCAGGCUACGACUUGAAAUCAGGUCGUGACGCAAAUUUAUAACUAGAAAGGCUUUUAAGUUUCAAUGUGGAUCUAGAAUUCAAUUGAGAUGAAGGCUUAAAUUCAGUUCCAGGCAUAAAUUCAAGUUGUGGCUUGAAUUCAGGCUGCAGAUUAAAAUCAGGUCGUGACGCAAAUUUAGGUCCAGAAAGUCUUAAUCCUCGAUUUGGAUCUGCAAAACUACUUCAGUUCACGUCGAGGCUUAAAUUUGGGUCCAACCAUAAAUCGAGGACGUGGCUUAAAUUCAGGCUGCGACUUAAAUUCAGGUCACAAUUUGAAUUAAUUGAAAUCGCUACUUAAAUUCAGAUAUAAAUUCAAUCAUGCAGUAUAAAAAAAGCGAAUCUAAAAUUUCCCACAAAAAAUGUCUUAAAUAUUCCCCUACACCCACUUUCAACUGAGAUAAACGCGCAAACAACAAAAAUAUCAAACCCAUCAUGUUCAGUCUCACCUACAAUUACCCACCUCGAAUUAUAAUUGUCUUAUCAACUGGCUUUAUUUCAUUACACAAUUCACGAUUUGUUUACACAGCCAGCAAUAUCUAAUCUGUAAAAAUAAUCACCCAGGAAAACCGACGAGAGAAGAUGAAUAAUUGACUUGGAAUGCAAUCGAUGUCAUAAAAUCAACGCAACUAAAUCUAAAGAGAACUGAUGAAAAAAAAAGGAACGAAAUAUUGGGAUGAAAUAUGAGAAAAUUUUUAACACGAGAUAAUUGUAAUAAUAUGGUGCAUUGAAAACGAUUAACUAAACUUAAGCCGAGAUAUGGAUGGGAAGAGUCAAAUGAGUGGUGAAUGUGCAUUAGAAUUUUCUUUAUCAUUUGAUUUAUUUCUCACGAGAUAUAUUGUAAUGAUAAUUCUAAUGUCUAGAGCGGCGUAUAUGUGCUUGGAAUUCAUUGCAGUGUGUUUAAUAUUUAAAUAAUAAUGAGGUAUGUUCGGUGUAAUGUGGGAUUUUGAGUAAGUUAGCACCCUUUCACAAAUAAAUGAAUGAGGUAAUUGGGAUAAUUGAUGAUAAUGGAUGACAAUGUAACUGAUAAUUGAUUAAUUGAUGAGGUUUCGAGAUGGUAGAUGUGAAUUUGUGAGGGGGGAUGGAGAUUAGAUGAUCAAUAUCUGCGAGGGUCGGUAUAAGAUUGAUUAUACUAUAGUUGUUUAUCAGUUUGUGAGUGUAUUCGUAUCAUUGAAUUACUAACAAAGAAAAUAUGGUUAAUAAAUAAAGUAACAUGAAUUUAGGUAAUGCCAUUUAUUAUGGUGGAAAAAAAAUUAUUGUAAGUAUAUGGAUUAAUAUGCGCUUAGCUGAUAGUUAUUUCAUCGAUGAGAGCUUAAGUAAUCGUUGUAUACAUGCUUUUUCAAGGAAUGUUGCAUGGUUUCCCUCCUGGAUGGGUCGGAUGUCUGAGGAAUUUUCUUCUCUUAUUUUGGUAUAUAGACGGGAAUUCUAGGGAAGAUGUGAAGUGUGAGAGGAUUUUUUUUUCAUGAUGUUCAGGAAAAAGUAUUAGUCAUUUUUUGUGGAGAAUGUUAUAAGCUACCAAAGAGGUCAAAUUUAGCUCACGGCUUAAAUUCAGGUAACGACUUAAAUUCAGGUCGGGACCUAUCAAUUUUGGUCGUGACUUAAAUUCAGGUAUAUGCCUAUCAAUUUAGGUCGUGGCUUAAAUUCAGGUCGGGCGCAGAUUCAGGUUGCGUCCUAAAUUUACAUUGCACCUACAUUCAGGUCUCGUCUUAAAUUCAGGUCGGGCUUGGAUUUAUAUCGCAGCUUGAAUUCACAGUGCGGCUUAAAUUGGAGGCGUGGCUUAAAUUCAGGUCGAUAAAAAACUGCACUUUUUUUUUCGAAAACCCAACACUUCGAGAUAUUCCCCAAAAUCAGCAACAUUAAAUUUUUUCAACAUUAAAAAAUGACAAAUUCCUCUCACACUUUGCAAUUUUCCCCUGAUAAAAACAAUGAAUCGGAGAUGAUAAUGAAUAUCUCAAACGAGAUAUUAAGGUACUUCCGCAGUAAGUAUACUUGGUGAAAAUUUCGAAAUGGUAUAAAGACGCAAUAUUUGGAUCAUAUG